GCCGAGGGCGGUGCUGGGACGAGCCGGCCAGGAGCAGAGGGUGGUGCCGAGAAGAGCCGGGGCUAAACGGCAGGGGGAGGUGCCCGGAAGAGUCCCGUUUCCUCCUCGUCUCCCGAGCGGACUUUCGGGGCUGAGUUUAGGACGGGGCGCGGCGGAGGCGGCAGCAGCAGCAGCAGCAGCACCACCAACACCAGCCAGGCCCGGACUCAAGCGAGGCGGCCGCACCUUUAAACCGACCGCUGCGAGAGACAAAGCGCGGGGCCUGUUGGAGGCGGGAGGUGGGGGGGAGAGAAAGCCAGCGCUCAUCGCCGUCGCCACAGCGGAGGGGGGAAAAAACAACAGCCGCCGCAGAAAUGACUACCAUUAAUACAGGAAAUGUUAAUUUCAAAUGGGAUCCCAAAAGCCUGGAAAUAAGGACACUGGCAGUUGAAAGACUGCUUGAACCUCUUGUUACCCAGGUUACAACAUUGGUCAAUACUAGCAACAAAGGCCCUUCCAACAAAAAAAGAGGCCGAUCUAAAAAGGCGCAUGUUUUAGCUGCAUCAGUCGAGCAAGCAACAGAGAACUUUUUGGAAAAGGGGGACAAAAUUGCAAAGGAGAGCCAGUUUCUUAAAGAAGAACUUGUAGCAGCUGUGGAAGAUGUUCGCAAACAAGGAGAUUUGAUGAAGAGUGCUUCUGGAGAAUUUGCUGAUGACCCCUGCUCUUCUGUGAAACGGGGGAAUAUGGUGAGGGCAGCUCGGGCCCUCUUGUCAGCAGUUACCCGGCUGCUCAUUUUGGCUGAUAUGGCGGAUGUCUACAGACUACUUGUACAACUUAAAGUUGUGGAAGAAGGCAUUCUAAAACUAAGAAAUGCUGGAACUGAACAAGAUUUAGGAAUACAAUAUAAAGCUCUUAAAGCAGAAGUGGAUAAGCUUAAUAUAAUGGCAGGCAAGAGACAACAGGAACUGAAAGACAUUGGUCAUCGUGACCAGAUGGCUGCAGCCAGAGGAAUUCUUCAGAAAAACAUCCCUAUUCUUUAUACCGCUUCUCAAGCUUGCCUCCAGCAUCCGGAUGUAGCUGCCUACAAAGCCAAUAGGGACUUGAUCUACAAGCAGUUGCAGCAGGCAGUCACAGGAAUCUCUAACGCUGCCCAAGCGACAGCUUCUGAAGAUUCUGUCCAGCACCCGAGUGGGGGCGGAGAGUUGGCUGAUGCACUUAAUAACUUUGAUAAACAAAUUAUUGUAGAUCCUUUGAAGUUCAGUGAAGAGCGUUUUAGGCCAUCCUUAGAAGAGCGUUUGGAGAGCAUCAUUAGUGGUGCAGCCCUAAUGGCUGACUCAUCGUGCACACGUGAUGACCGACGGGAACGCAUAGUGGCCGAGUGUAAUGCAGUGCGACAAGCCUUGCAAGAUCUGCUUUCAGAAUACAUGGGAAAUGCUGGACGCAAAGAAAGAAGCGAUGCCCUCAACUCGGCAAUAGACAAAAUGACAAAAAAGACAAGGGAUUUGCGUAGACAGCUCCGUAAAGCAGUUAUGGACCAUGUUUCAGAUUCUUUUCUGGAAACAAAUGUGCCACUCCUUGUUUUGAUUGAAGCUGCUAAAAAUGGGAAUGAGAAAGAAGUUAAGGAAUAUGCACAGGUUUUCCGUGAACAUGCCAACAAGCUGAUUGAGGUUGCCAACUUGGCCUGUUCUAUCUCAAAUAAUGAAGAAGGUGUGAAAUUGGUUCAUAUGUCAGCAAGUCAGCUUGAAGUACUGUGUCCUCAGGUAAUUAAUGCAGCAUUGGCUUUGGCUGCCAAGCCACAAAGUAAACUGGCUCAAGAAAACAUGGACUUAUUUAAAGAGCUGUGGGAAAAGCAAGUACGUGUGUUAACAGAUGCUGUGGAUGACAUCACUUCCAUUGAUGAUUUUCUAGCAGUGUCAGAAAAUCAUAUCCUAGAAGAUGUAAAUAAAUGUGUCAUUGCUCUUCAAGAAAAAGAUGUUGAUGGUUUAGAUCGCACUGCUGGUGCAAUCCGUGGUCGUGCAGCAAGAGUAAUUCAUGUUGUCACUUCUGAAAUGGAUAAUUAUGAACCCGGAGUGUAUACAGAAAAGGUUUUAGAUGCAACAAAACUGCUGUCAAACACAGUUAUGCCACGUUUUACCGAACAAGUAGAAGCUGCGGUAGAAGCAUUAAGUUCUGACCCUGCUCAGCCAAUGGAUGAAAAUGAAUUUAUUGAUGCUUCACGACUAGUAUAUGAUGGAAUUCGUGACAUCAGAAAAGCAGUGCUGAUGAUCAGAACACCUGAAGAACUUGAUGAUUCUGACUUUGAGACAGAAGACUUUGAUGUCAGAAGCCGAACAAGUGUUCAAACUGAAGAUGAUCAACUUAUUCAUGGUCAUAGUGCAAGAGCCAUCAUGGCUCAACUCCCUCAAGAACAAAAAGCCAAAAUUGCUGAACAAGUUGCCAGCUUCCAAGAAGAAAAGAGUAAAUUGGAUGCUGAAGUAUCCAAAUGGGAUGACAGCAGUAAUGAUAUUAUUGUUCUGGCAAAACAAAUGUGCAUGAUUAUGAUGGAGAUGACGGACUUCACCAGAGGUAAAGGACCUCUAAAAAAUACAUCUGAUGUAAUCAGUGCAGCAAAGAAAAUUGCAGAAGCCGGGUCAAGAAUGGAUAAACUAGGACGGACAAUUGCUGAUCAUUGCCCAGAUUCUGCUUGCAAACAAGACCUGCUAGCCUAUCUGCAGCGUAUUGCUUUAUACUGUCACCAGCUGAACAUCUGUAGCAAAGUGAAGGCAGAAGUUCAAAACCUCGGAGGAGAACUUGUGGUGUCUGGGGUGGAUAGUGCCAUGUCACUGAUCCAGGCUGCCAAGAACCUGAUGAAUGCUGUGGUACAAACUGUGAAGGCCUCCUACGUGGCCUCCACUAAAUACCAGAAGUCUCAAGGGAUGGCUUCUCUGAACCUUCCUGCUGUGUCUUGGAAAAUGAAAGCUCCCGAGAAGAAGCCUCUAGUCAAGCGAGAGAAACAAGAUGAGACCCAGACCAAAAUCAAGCGAGCUUCCCAGAAGAAACAUGUCAACCCAGUGCAAGCACUCAGUGAAUUCAAAGCCAUGGAGAACAUUUAAUUUGUCAUUUCAGUUUUCCUUCCUUCCAUCCUUCCUUCCUUCCUUUCAGAAUUUAUGCCUUCUGGAUUAUGUUAAAGUUUAUUUACUUAAUAUUAUGAUAAAAUCAUUUAGAUUAAAAAGAAAUCAACAGAUUUAGGAAGCACUACAGUUCAACUUUCAAUCUGCAAGCACGGUAAUGUUAGUAUGAAAAUGCUGUCUAGAAAUGCUUCUGUGAUAUUUCUAGCUCCUGUUUUGCAUAAAAUAAGCCCUGCUUUAAAUCUGUUUUAUAACCAAAGAUAAAUUCACAGUAACAAUCAUCCUUCGCAUAGCCGGAUCAUGUCAUUCUAUCAGGGGAAAAUUGAGCCCUCUCAGUGUGAACGGGAAUCAAACGUGGGUUUUCUUAAGAGUAUAUAUAUGCUGGGUGAAUAAAGAUAAACUUUGCUAUGCUUAAUAAUUGGGAAAGUGGAAACUCUAAUUGCUACUUAGAACACUGACAACAAUAGAAAAUGAAUUUGAAGAAGUAAUAUACUGUAGCAUUCUUUCUCAUUUAAAUAGGUAUUGACUUUUUUCCAGCCUGAACACAUUGAUGCAUUUAUUCUAAGUAACUCUUGAGGGGAACACACAUUAGGGGUAUAGAUAAUAGUGAGUGACAAGUUGUAGCCAAACCAGCAUUUCCAAGAUAGUUUUCCUUGGCUUUUGGGAACUGAAGAAGUUAUUAUAAAAGGAACUUGGUGCGCAUUGUGCAAUGUAUUAGAACACAGAAAAUUUUUUACUUAUUUUUGGGACGUGACAAUGUCAAUGCUUGGUUACAGAUUACUGAUUAUUUUUUGCCACAAGACUAAUAAAAAAUUCUUGUUACCA